AUGAAUAUCGAACAGCUGUUAGAAGCUGCUAAAAUCAUCGAGCAAAGAGAUGAAGGUAAGGUUUGUUCGUUUUCUGCCAAAAUUUCGCGGCACAUGUCGUUCUCACGCCCCGCUAAUGUCCUCUUUCCGCCCCAAACUACAGCGAAGAAACGAAGCCAGGCGUCUGUCAAACGGGAUAAAAAGCAAACGAAACGUUCACCCAGCUACAGGUAAGACUAACACCCUCUCCUUUGAAAGUUUUUGAUCAAAAACACUCGUCCAACGCUUUCUGCCACGUUGCAUGCGUUACGGUGAAAAUUUUGCGCUCGAAUUAUGGCGCCCAGUGUUUUGUUCGGUGUACCUUAUGUACACAGCAGAUGUGAAGUACCUUAACGGCUGUUUCUUUCUUCUGAAACAUCAUGAAAACUCUUCAAAAAUUCUCUAUGUAAGGGAAAUGAAAUACGAAAGUAGCAAGUGUUGUCAGUUCCAUUCUACAAGGCUGAAAUUGAUUUUGUGAAAUAAGCAUAUUGUUAGUAACUGAAAACGCUUUCUCCAGCAGUUUUGCUCCUAGGGUAUUCCCCCAAGACAGCGUGGGAUGUAUUUGCAGGGUUCGUUUCGGUCUAAAAAUUUCAUGUUGAUAGACUGUCGUACCUGUAAACCUCUAUAAUGUCCGUAAAGUGUGGGGUCUGGAUUUUCGUGCUAGCGAAGUACCACUCGCGGCUUUUCUUUCUGUCUCUAAAGUUUCAUGCAUGUUUUAUAAACACAACGUUGCCCUCGAGAACUUGUAUCUAUCUGUUGUCCAGCCUGUGGGAAUUGAUCAGGUUUUUUCUUGUAUUAUGUAUUUUCUUCCCUCGGAGAAUCAAUUUUCAUAACUCUUUUAGGUGGUUCGUUAACUAAUGACAAUCUUUCACCUCUUUACUUUCUAUAUAUAACCCACUGUCAAUGCUACCAGCCGUACAACACAUAACCAGUUGGAGAAAAACCGGUAAGUAUGCAGGACCAGCUACAUCACCUAGAACGAGCAUUAAAUCACUAAGCAGUUUAAUCAGGAACUCAAAAGCUUUCAAGGAGGAAGAAACAUAUUUUUUUGUCAAUGUGUGUUUCGGUAGGAGGUUUCCGCUCGACAAAUGUUUCGCUCUUUUGCCACGUGGCCCAUCAAAACAACAGAUUGCACGUGCAAAAUACAUACCAAGUUGAAUACGUAUGCACGCGUGAGAAGUGGUUUCUUUAUAAACCAUAAGUCUAGUCUUUCCAAUGCUAAAUCGCUAGGGGAAAAAGAGAAUUUUAAUUCUUUUCAAUGUCACCUUAACUACUGAAAUGAAUAUUUUGAUUGAGGUCCAGAUGGAUUGCACAGAUCUUGGGCGCCAAAAAUAAAAUAUCGCGGGUCAGUAAUUUUCCUUGUAGUGGAUGUUAUUGGUGCAGUCCAAUUAUUUCGCCGGGUACCAGUCGCGAAAAUUUUCCGCCUAUAUCGUCAGGCGAAUAAAAGAGUCCAUUUAGCGAUAAUAAUCUGUUUCUAAUCUUCAAAUUGAAAAGGAAAUUGUGCUUUAGGCUCUUUAUCCUGGAAUUAGUCCUUUUUUAAAACUGACCAGCUCGCUGCCCAUUCUUUACCCAAAAUCACGCCAUCCCAAUUAAUUGAAGAAAAAAAAAAUGUAUUCUGUCUUGUCUGAUGAUGGAAGCUCUCGCCUGUGGAUGAUUUUCCAAGCCAUUUGUUUUUAAAAGCCAAUAGCAGGUUUCAUUAGCCUCAAUGUUAAAAUAUGGUAAUGUAUUUAGUUUCUUCUCUCCUUAUUCCUUCACCAGGCGAGCUCACCUAAGAGAUUGUCUAGAACUACUAAAAGAACUUGUUCCUUCGCCACCGGAACAUCAAAAAGCUACCACAUUAGCAUUACUUCAGAGUGCUCAACAAUAUAUUCAGGUAAACAUUACACUUCAUUUUUUCUUAUUUUACAUAGUGACUUUGAUUCUAAAACUACGAUACAAUAACUUUUGACGUUGAAAAGUUUUUAGUUAUUAUUUGGCUGCUGGUGCAAUAGAAUGGAAGAGGGUUAUAGGUCCAAACUAGCUAUUUGAGUAUGCUACAGAUUUGCCAAAUGCAAAUCUGGUAUCUUAUGUUUUUACCCUAUGAAUCAAAAGUGUUCAAGCAGAUGUUUUUUGGAAGUUGGAAAUAAAAGCAAAGGCUUGCAUGAGAAGAGGAGAAAAAAGUUUAAUUGUGAUGCAAUCAAAAUAAUUUGUUCAGCUAGCCCUUUUUAUAUUCCGUAAUUUUAAAGAGUUUUUUUUUACAGCCUGAUCUGUUUACCAGUAGGGACUUAAUAUAAUUUAUAUGAGUUAAAUGUGUACAGUUUUUAUGCAAAUAAGAAAUGUUAAUGAGUUUUUUCUAUGUUGUGCUUCAAAUAUAUUUCCUUCAUGUGAAUUUGUCUCAAGCAGAGCUUAGACGAAAAUAUCAUCUUUUAAUUCCUGUGUUGCCAUUCUUGUACAAUAAGACAAAAAUUCCAAGAGGUUUUCACUUGCUUGGUUUGUUCCAUUAAUUUUAAUUUUUGUAACACGUCUUUUAAAGGCUUUCUACAAGGCUGUCAGCUUAAAAAAUUUUCUGUUUUACAGAGAGGAGAUUAAAAAAAAUUCCACUGGGCAGCACUAGAAACAAAAGACAUAACCUUUGUUCUGUAUUUACAAUGUAAAAGAAGCCGAUUGUUAAUUACUUUGAAUACUGUAGAGAAUAGCUGUUCUAUACAUUUUCUCCUGGGAAAAUAAUUCUUGUGUUUUGAAGAUAAGUGUGACAUUUUUUACUGAAAGAAUCAGGGCAAUUCUGCUUCUGUUUUGGUGUCCAAAGGAAAAUCAUCUCUCCCUUUAACAAGGCUCAAACUGGUGAAGACAUUUUUCUUUUUGAAGAUAAAGUUGAGAUGCCCCCCCAAAAAGAAAAGUAUCCUGCUGACGUUAUUUAUAGCUGCACUGCUUGCAUCUAGUUGUUGGAGCUGCUAAUUUGUGAAAAAUUACAGGUGCAAAGUUCUUGGAAUUGUCAUUAUAAAUUUGGCUUUCAAAAUUAAUAUUGUUGAGCUCAAAGGCAGGUGAAGUCUUCACAGAAAGAAGAAAGGUUUUUUGUUAGCAUACAGCUUAAUCCAAACAACCAUGUACAUGUUUGUAACAGAAUAUUACCUGAAAUGUUCUUGUUUUUGGGAUGUGAAAAAAAUGUUUGAUAAAUAUGAUAGCUUGAUGGGUGGUGGCUUACGUAUUUCAUAACAAAGUGAUUUGCAUGAAAAUAUUAUUACAUUGUAUGGACAUGGAAAUUACUUUGAUUAAUAAUAAUGUAGUGUUAGCUUCAAACAUCAGCUUUGAACUUGGUAAUGUUGACGUCCCAAACAUUUGUUACAUGUAUGGCUGUGCUUUUAGCGUGACCUCAGUAUCUGCAGCUAACAGAUAGGGUUUUGUAAUCUGCUUAUAAUUAUGACUUAUGUCAAGUAUACAGGCAUUAUUAUCUGACUGGUGGAUGGCAGUGUUUUUAGUCCUUCUGAAGCUGGCUUUUAUCGAGAUUAGUCUCAAAAAAAUGUCUUUUAUUGUUAAACAUGGUUACAAAAUGAUACACUUCUUUGAAAUUGGUCUUAUAAUGCAUCAAGUUAUUCUUCAUCAGUCAUGGUUAUGCUAUGUUUUUUUGGAUCAUUUUUGCACACAAAUUGCACAAAAUUGAAAUUUCAAGUUGAGGUAAAUAUAACAGCCUCUCUAUUGCAACAUGUGGAGGAAUACAGUAGAACCCUGUUAAUAGAGACACCAAAGGGAUUUUCUGAAGUGCCACGAAUGUAAUUAAGCAGACUUUCGAAGAUAAAUGUCAAGAACAUUAAAAUUCUGGUAUGUUUUAUUUAUAGCAAAAUCAAGGUAUAGGACUGCUAGGACAUACAUUUUAUAUAAAAACAAGUUCAAGUAGUAGAACAUAAUAUUUUAUAUAAAAACAAGUUCAAGUAGUUUGUUGAUGCUUUUUGUAGAUAUUUAGAAAAUAAUCUUGCAUAUUCAUGUAUACCUUAAGUAUCCAGUUUAGCUUCAGUUAAUUGAAGUACCUUAAAAUGUUUUCCUCAUGGUCUGUGAAUGCUUAUGGGCCAUUCCAAAGUAAUUUAAGCAGAAAAUUAAGAUAAAAAAAUUAAAAUUAAAAUGGUAGAAUGGUGCUACAUAUGCCGUAUCCUUAUGUGGAUAUUCAUACAGCCCCAUACAUUUACUUAUGCAUCGUUCAACACAUUUGAAUGGUUGAAAAUGCAUUGCAACGUUUCUCAAUGAUUCGUAAGGCGUUUGCAACGUUUGCCAUGAAUGCGCGCAACUUUGUCAAAUGAUGAAGAAUGAUUUUCCAAUGUUGUUCAACGCCUUUUUUUUUGCGUGACAAUAGAAGUGACCUUUUUACAAUGCGCUGCACAUCUACCCAUGCUCCCUGGGUAAAAGCGUUGCAUGACGACUCUAGAGUGCAAAACAUAAAUCGGCACAUUGUGACUAGACAUCAACUAGCUUUGUCGAUCAAAUGGGCGCCUAGUUCGGAUGGACCUAAAUAGAAAGUAUAGUUGUUUUCAGCACUUGGAUACAAUGUAAAUAAAGCCUUUAAAAGCAGUAUUGGAAAGUAACAUACUUUGAAUGAAAAAAAAAGCUUCAAAUUACAUUGGAUAGUAUAUUUUCACGCUUCGAUACUAUCACAUUAUUAGCUAGUCCCAGUAAAAUAAAUAUCCAGCCAAAAACCGACGAGCCAUUCAGUUUUUUCUGGUUUGGUUGAAGAAGAUUUUGCUAAGACUCACAAGACCUGAGAGAUGAUUGACAGGAACAUCAGAACCUUGAUCGUGCUUGGCAGUUGAUCAAUUUUGAUAAUAGAAACAUCAUUUAAGUAUAAUUUUUAAAGGACAAAAAGUCCAAGAAUAUUCUGUUUCUUUGUGUGUUGUGAAUUGAGUGUUAUUUGCCUAGUUGCUUCUAGAAAAUGAAUACCGUAUCCUUUGUGAAACCUGAUCCUGUGAACUACUUUGUUGCCUAGCAGGUGACCGAAAGUCUACUCCAAAAUUUCAUUGCACAAUGUUUUCUCUACAAAUAUCGUGGUUUCUAGGCUUAUUUUGAAGAUGAGAAGUGAAGAUAUGCUUCUUGAGAAAUUAUGUAUUUCACCAAGUUUUCAUUCGGUUACAUGGCAACAUUUUUUCAAACUUGAAUACGCGCAACUUGUCUCACAAGCUAUCAAAGCAGACCCUGAGGCAGCUGAGCAUUUCGUUUGUCAUCCACGAUUAUCGACUAACCAUCAUUGCAAUGAACGAUUCCAAAAAUUGGUUAUCUUUGUAUGCUGAUUGGCUCUGAAUUAUAAAUCUAUUGUUACUUACUUUCUACUGGGGCAUGCGCAGUAGUCACAAAAAAAAACCAAUUAAAAUCGUUUUAUCCUUUUUCAUUUCAAGGCUGUGUUCUAGCAAAAACUGUAGGCUCUGAACAUGCAUGUAUGAAAUCCAGGGUGCCCUUUACAGUCUAUAAACAUUUUAUUGAUUUUUUGCAUGAAACAGGGUCACUGAAAUUCACUUUUCAGCUAAAGGUAAACCUAGGUUGUAAGGUCCGUUAAUUGAGAGGGUGUGCUAAGUCAGUAGUCGUAUUAAUAAAUCCUAGCCUGAUAGUAAAUUUGACUUGUAGCACGAUACACAUGUACAUUAGUGGUUCCUCCAAUAUAUUUUCAUAUAUCUUUGCAAGCUAAUGACGGAUUUUGUUUAAACUUUCUACCUUACUUCAAUAAGGAUUGUAGUUAAGUGAUAUGUUAAAAAAAUAUCAUUUGGAAGAACCUAGGAAUAAAAAAAUCUUGAAAAUGAAAGAAAAUAGUUACAAAUUCAGCGUGUAACGCGUAACAGCUAAUUUGCAUGAAAUAGUUAAAAAAGUAAAAUUUCACCCUUAACACUGUCUCAUUAAGAAAAUUCAACAGAGCAGAAAUAUUAAAUAGGAAAAAAGGACACCAUACGCAAAAUCACAGUUCUCUGCAUUUAUUUUUCAAAUAACAAGAAAUAUAAUUCUAGGGACGGUUGCCAUUAAGUGCCUGUGUAACGCUCAAGGUCCAACAGCGCUCCAUGCCUUACAAAUAUAAGGCUAGCGACUUCCAAACGCACCUACAAAAGAAGAUAAUUCGUCUGAGUAAAGUUCAUAACAUUGUUUACAACCGAGUAAGACAGGUUUUAAAGAUUACUCACUGCGAUGAAGAAAUAAAGAAUUUUCGUGUUCGGAAACUAAACUGUUGUGUACUUUUGAUGUGUGAAAUUAAAUAUUACUUACCCAAAAGAAAACCUGUAUCUCAGCCUCUAGUAAACAACGGUCGCUGAUGCAUGGCUGCAACACAGUUCAGUUACUGGUCUUCAAAUCCUGCUAAGGUUUUUAGUCUUCAGUAGGCUUAAAACGAAGAAAUUCUACAAAUGGUGAAUCGGAAACAUAUUUCCAGUUGAGCGCCAUGCUUGUCUAAGCGUAACGAUCGAAUUACCACCACACUUGCAGCAGAAAACUUCCCAAAUGAAACUUGAAUUCAAGCCAUUUUCCAGCCAAAAUCCACAAGAAACAUCGAAGGAGUCCUGUGUAACCUCUCCUUAGUAUCUGGGGGGUGUUUUAUAACAAAUCAGGGGCAAAAAGCGGGAAAACAUGAGGUAAAAAUAGAGUGGACGUCACGAUUGCGUUACACAAUACCAAGAAGAAAAGCCUUUCAAAUGCUGAAAAGAUGAAAAUGUGGAGGGAAGAAAAGAUCAAGAAAAAGAAAGAGGCAGACAAAAAGCACUACGAGCUUAAUAAAUUUGUUGUACUUUAGUGAUAAUAGUCAUGCUAAGCAAGCCAAAUAGUCAGAUGCCACGCCCAAAAAGGAUUCUGGGUAAUUUCUAAAAUAAGCUGUAGACAAGAAUUAUACCAUGAAAAUUUUCCAAAUAUGUUUGUUUGAUGUUAAUUACUUAAUAUCUGGCAAGUACUGUUGGUUUGGGAAUAUUUUACUCAUUUUCAUAAAAGUGCCCUAUGUUACACUGAUGUACAUGUGUAUCGUGCUACAAGUCAAUUGGGCUUAUGAAGAUUGCCAGAAACUAUGUAUUAGAGGUCACAAAAUGUUAUAGACAAAGCCUUGUUUUCACUUUUUGCCUCAUUAAAAUAUUCUUAUUUUUACCUGAUAAAGCUAAUAAAAUACAAUUUCUGAAUAUCUGAAAGAAAGUAAUGAUUGUCAUGAAAGAUAUAAAUCAUCGUGAAUAAUAUUUAUAAAGGGUUUAAGUUUUAUCCUUUGUCUCACAAUUGUCACUUUGGUAUUGAUCAUGACUUUUUGACCACGCACUGCAGAUCUUCAUCAGGCGAUAGUGUCGAUUUACUGAGUCAUACUAUUUGAUUUCAGAUGUCUUUGUAAUUUUGAGCCUGAUAAACCAAAUACUUUUGAAGAAAUUUUCUUUGUAAAACCCCAAACUUUACAAAGAACGUAUGUCAAACAUUUUUGCCAUUCAGCCAUUUCGUAGUUUUGAUUGCUGCUAGUGCCAUUGUUAUUGAUUGCAAAGAGCUGAAACUUGCAGAAAGUGCUCACAUUAACCAGCUCUUUCAACUUUUGAAUGAAAUUUGUGCAUAUGGCAAUGUCCUCUAUGAGUUUAUUUAUUUAUGCUUAUGAGCAAAAAUGUAAACAAUGACAUCAGCAAGGAUUUUACUAUAACAAUCGUGUUUUUGAUUCAAACGUUAUCAAACAUCCUGUCUUUGCUCACUAUGUGAAAAAGAAAUACAUGUAUAUAUUGGUAUUGUAGUUAUUGCAAGGUGAUGCAACUGACAUUUUAAUGUCCAAGUGAUAAUGAUAUAAGUAAAUAAGAUUUGGUUUUGUUAGGUCUUUGAUCUUUUUUUCAGUUAUAAUCAAGUGAUCUGAUUUGAACAUUUGAUUAUAGUUGUUUCAAAUGUUGUACUUUUUGCAAAAUAUUUCUGAAUAAGAACAAGUGAAAUGAACUUAUUUUAAAUAGCUUUCUUACGUGAUAAACAAGAACUUAUUACAUGACCAAAAUCCUUAUUUUGAGUGGUCAGAAAUACUUUGAAUUACAACCAGUGAAUUGACUUAUUAAUAAGUAGGACAUUUUUGUGCUGUUAGUUACAGUGUAACUAGCAACUGCCAUAGCAAAAUUUUAUAUGUACAGUGUAGAUCCACCAUCCAUGCUCAGUGGCAGUGUAAAAUAAAACUAACCCCCUAAGAGGCCCUGCCAGGGUAAAUUCCGACAAGCGACAUGGCCCAAAAAGUAACGACAGUGCGUAAAAUGAAAUCGCGACAAGAGACAACCUCUCCAGCCAAAUUGCGAUGGUGACGGCAAAGCCGACAAUAAGCGACAAGCAUUUAUAAACACUGCUAUAAACACCAACACGAGACGUUUUAAAAUUCAGACAGGUGAUAUGGGACCCCCCCUGUCAGGGCCUCCCUUAACCUCUAAAUCUUUGGACGAAAUCCUGUGGUGUUAUCAUCAAAUGAAGCCUCUUUGCAGAACUUUUGCUUAGCCGAGUACCAUUUAUUUCUAAGAUUUCACAAGACAAAUUUGAUAUUUUUGCCAAGUGCUUCUUCAGUCAAUUUCCUAUGCAGCCAUGCAUUUUUUGUCUCAUCAUGCAAUGCCCGUCCUCAUAUUAAAUAGGCGCUGAGACCUGUUCACUCACCACAUUCCAUUCCACACAUAUAGCUAAUUUGACUUAGAACUGCUUUUAUUUUCUGGAAGUGAUGCACACCAACUUCAUGAUAUGGUGACUCCUGUCUCCAAUCUCCUCCUUCAGUCUUGCUGUAAGUGAUAUUACACAUGAGACUGGCAAAGCAAUUUCAAAAUGUUUGGACUAGCUAGGAAGAACUCAAUCCAGUGUCAUCUUCACAAUCUUAUUCCAAACUUCUCAGAUAAAACGAUAAUCAGGAGCUUGCAGAUUGUAGCAGCUGUGUUAAUUCUAAAUGUGCGUAGAGGUUCUGGGAAAGCAAUGACUAAGUUUGCCAGAUUUCUUGUGUUUGUAUCAAUACCCUUGAGAAUUUGUAUCAUUCACUGCAGCAUAAAGAGCACAUUCAUUACGGGAAAUUCAUAAUAUACAUGGCAAAAUUAACAAACCCCUCUUUUAAUAAGAAACUUUGACAGAUGUGGGCAAAUAAACAUGAAAUGAGUGAUUUGUUGAAAUUAAGAAGCAGUUCUUUUCAUUAUGCCUUCUUAAUGUCUUGUCAAGUUUCUGAAACAUGAUUGAUUUGUCCAUUAGACCAUAAUCACAAAGGGAAAGGAAUGUUGUGUGGUUGUCACCAGCUACAGCUUGUGGGGAGUAACAUUGCACGAGGACACAAAGAACAGCUGCAUAUUAGAAGGGGCAGGAGCAACGUGCAGAGAAAGUCGUGUCCAAUAUCCUGGGGCUAGUGGAUUUUGCAAUCGGGCUAGUGAAUUCUGUUCUUAACUUGCCGGAAGGGCAGGUGGAGGUUGUUGGGGAAUUCAAGUUACAGAAGAACUGUAAUCAAUGCUGCUAAUCAAAAUUUUUUUUUGGCUAGUUAAAAAGACUCUUGAGAUAGUACAUACUAGCAACAACUUGCUCAAAUGGCAAGCCGUAAAACUGACUUUCUUUGCACCUUGAGGAGUCAACUCGUAUGCUGCUGUGACAAUAAUUAUCAUGUGCCUUUAUGAUGACUGCUUUUUGAAAACUGUUGAAACAGCAAUUUGAUCAUUACUUAUCUGAUAAUAGUAUUGGGAAAACCAACAAAUUGUGUUCUCCACUGAAAUAUACUCAAGGCUGUGCUCUAGCAGAGCUGAGUGGCCCAUGGCGCCUAACUUUUGUUCUUGGGCGACUAGAAAAUCUUAGCUUUUUUAUAGAAAUCAUAAGGAGGGCACACUGGAUUUCACAAGUUCAGAGCACUGGGCUCCUUUCAAUUUUUUUCGAACACAGCCUUGAUAUUGAUCCAGUGGAUAGUGUUAUCGAUGCGUUAUCCACCUUUCGGACAGCUGGGACCUGCUGGUUAACUUUUGCUAAUCUCAUGUGUCUUUAGGCAUUACAAAUGUCAGAGAGGGAAGCAUUGGAUACAAAGAGGAAACUGAAUGAGGAGCGUUUUGCACUUCAAAGAAGACUUGCCUCCCUUCAAGGCCGCAGUGACAAAUUGAUGAUGGGUAUCAAGAGGCCUCGUCAUUCAGAAGGCGAGUCCUCAACCAGCAGUGAAGAAAUAGAUGUAGAGAAUGAUGAAGAAACAGGAUAUGCUAGCAGUGAGUCUGAUGACCGCUUUAGUAUUGGUAGCAGUACUGGUAGUGAUGGUGGAUUAAGUGUAAACUCUAGAAGAGUUUUUAAAUCUUCCUAA